AUGGAUGAGAGAACGAAAAUAGUUGACGUGUGGGCAAAUAAUUUAGAAGAGGAGUUUGAAAGAAUACGAGAUAUUGUUGAAAAACAUCCUUAUGUUGCAAUUGAUACAGAAUUUCCAGGUAUAGUAGCAAGGCCCACGGGAAAUGUCUUAGAUUAUAAUUAUCAGACCAUAAAAUGUAAUGUAGAUUUAUUAAAAGUAAUUCAGUUAGGUGUAACCUUUUCCAAUGGGAAAGGUGAAAUGCCGAAUGUUUCGACAUGGCAAUUUAAUUUUAAGUUUGAUUUAGAUAGUGAUAUGUAUGCACAAAAUUCUAUAGAUUUUUUAAAAUUAAGUGGAAUCAAUUUUGAAAAACAUCAAUCAUUAGGUAUAGAAUUAUUACAUUUUGGAGAAGUUAUUAUGUCAUCUGGUUUAGUUAUGAAUGAAGAUGUAAAAUGGAUAUCAUUUCAUGGUUGUUAUGAUUUUGCUUAUUUAUUAAAAAUAUUGACAUGUUCAGCAUUACCUCAUAAUGAAGCAGCAUUUUUUGAAUUAUUAAACGAUUUUUUUCCAUCAUUAUAUGAUAUCAAAUAUUUAUUAUUAAAUUUAAAUAUCAAACAGUUAAGUAGAACUUUCUCCUUACAAAAAAUUAGUGAAAUCUUAAGUGUUAAAAGAAUAGGAAGACAACAUCAAGCGGGUUCAGAUUCAUUAGUUACUUGUAAAACAUUUUUUAAAUUGAUGGAAAUGUAUUUUGAUAACAAAAUUGAUGAUAAAAAAUAUUCAGGUAUUAUAUAUGGAUUAGGUUCAACAAUAAAAAAUUAUAACCCUAAAUUAGAUGAUCAUAAUAAUAAUAGAUAUCACAACCAUCACAAUAGUUAUAAUAAUCACAAUUAUAUAAAAAAUAGUAACAAUAAUAACAAAAAUAAUAAUAAUAAUAAUAAUAACAAUAGCAACAACAAUAAUAAUAAUAGUAACAAUAAUAAUAAUAAUAAUAGUAGUAAUAGUCAUCAUAGUCACAAUAAUAAUAAUAUGCUUAUGAAUGCUCCAAAUAAUAAUCCAAUGAGUAAUUAUAUUGAUGCAAAAGAAUAUCAUCCAACUGGUUUUAACAAAGAAGUUCCAAAAUUACAUAAUAAAAAUGAUGUAAUGUUUCAUAUGUAUGCAGAUAACAAUCAAAAUAGCUAUAAUAACAUUAAUUCAAAUAUCAAUAAUAUACAUGGUACUAAUAAUUAUUUAACAAAUGCUAUAUAUAGUAGUGACACAGUGAAUAAUUAUGUUCUUAAUAAAUUUGUAAAUAACUCACCACCUUCUCCAUCUUCUUCUCUUUCAUCACCACCACAUCCACCUCAUCUUCCACACCCAUCACAAUUAUUAAAUAAUACAGGUAAUAAAAAUUUGAGAUUAUCGUUAAAUACCAAUUCAUAUAUGAAUAGUAAAAACACCGAUCCAAUUAGUAACAACAACCACAACAAUAAUAAUAAUUUAAGUAGUUCGAGUAGAAGUUUUAUGGUAUCAUACCCUAAUAGUGGAAUGAAAAACAGCUUGGAUACAUCAAAAAUGAUGGGACCUAUAUAUAAUGAUUUACCUAGAAAUAUAACAGGUAAUUUGAAUAACGAUUUGAAUAAUAUUGCCAAUGAAAAUAUGAUGAAUUUAGGUGGUCUAACAAAUGGUAAUAAUUUAUCACCUACUUUAAGUGCAAAUAAUGGUAUAAUGAGUCCCAGUAUGUCUAAUGCAAAUAAUGGCUUAAUGAAUUUAAACAACGCCAAUUUAAACAAUAGUAUAAAUAACAGUAUAAACGGUUCUUUAAUUUUGGGGGGAAUGAAUAAUAAUGGGCAUACAAACAAUAAUAUGAAUAAUAACAAUAAUAAUAAUGGUAUGAAUAUGAAUAUGAAUGGUAUGGGUAUAAUGAACAACAGUAUGAAUAUCAAUGGAUUAAGUACUAAUUUGAACAUGAAUAAUUUAUAUGGGGAUAUCAGAAGUUUGGGUGGUAGUACAUCGAAUAUAAACUUGAACAAUAUGAAUAGUAUGAAUGAAUUAAAUCAUCUAAAGAGUGGUAGUAUAAGUAAUAUAAGUAGUUGUGAUGAAAAUAUGAUAGGUUUAAAUAAAAAUAUAUAUUCAACAAAUAAUGGUCCUUUAAUUGGAAAUAUGAUAAAUAAUAAUAUGUAUAACGCAAAUAUAAAUUAUAAUAAUUUCAAUUAUAAUAGCAUCAACACUAAUAAUAGUAGUAGUAAUGCAUUUUUAAAUAGCGUGAAUUACAAUACGGCUUAUACUCAUGGAAACAAUCCAUCAACAACAACACCCGGGGGAAAUAAUAAUAUGAAUACAAAUAAUUAUUAUUCUCUUCAAAAUAAAUAUAACAAUUUUGGUAAAUAUUCAUCAAAUCUUAAUUAUGUUAAUCCAUUAUCACCAAAUAUAAAUGAAAGUAAGUCAAUUACUGGUGAAGAGUAUUGUGAUAUAGAUAAAAGAAGUAUAGAUAAUUCAAAUAGUAAUAAAAAUUCAUUUGCAAAUAAUAAAAAUCUUCUUGGAAAAUUAAAUAAUAAUAAUAAUAUUAUUACUACUAGUAGUAGUGGAACAUCUCAUCAUAUUAAUUUUAAAAAUACAAUAUCAAAUAAUAAUUCAAACAUAAACAAUAAUAAUUUUAAUAUUAAUAGUACUAGUGUGCAUCCUAUGAAUAAUCCAAAUAUUAAUGAUACGAACAAUUUGAAUGUCAAGAGAAAUAUAAAAAGUGAAUCAUUUAUAAGUGAUCUAUCAACAAAUAAAAAUGAAUUAAAUAAUAUGGGAGAUCAUGUUGGUAUUGAGAACUUAAAUAUGUUAGUACAAAAUAUGAAUAUCAAGAGAGAUGAAAAUUAUAAAGAUGAAAAAAUAAAUAACAACAAUAAUAAUAAUAAUAAUAUGAAUAAAAAUGUCAUGUUAAAUUUGAAUAAUUCAUCUAAUUCAAAUGUAAACAAUUUAAAUAAUAUGAUGAAUAGUAAUAAUGAUUUGAUGAAAAAUAAUAGUACAACAUAUAUGAAAAAUGUCAAUAUGUCUAUGUCAAAUAUUAAUAAAGGAGUCACUAAUACUGUUUUAAACACAGAAUUAAAAGUACCUUCAAAUUUGAAUCAGAACAAUAUAAAUGUAACGAAUUCGACACCAUAUAUAAGUGGUAAUAGUCUUGAUAAUAAUAAUAAUAUGAAUAGUGGUACUAAUAUUAACGAUCAUGGGAACAAUUCAGGUAAGGGUAUAAAUCAUUCAAGUCCAAGUAUUAUAAACAGUGAUAAUAAAAUUAAUGUAGCUAGUCAUAAUAAGGGUAAUACAUCCAUAGAUGGAAAUUGGAUUAGUGGAUCAGUAAAUAAUACAAAUAAUAGUAAUAAAUAUAAUGAAGGAAAAGAUAAAGAUGCUAAUGAUGAAGAUAAUAAAGUAGGUUAUAAAGCAAAUGACAAUAACAAUAAUAACAACAAUAACAAUAAUAACAAUAACAAUAGGAAUACUAAUGGAAAAAGUGUUAGCAAUAAUAAAAACUCAAAUAAGGGUAAUAAUAAGAACAAUAAAAAUAAAAGUAAGAAUAAUAAUGACUCUAAUAAGAAAACAUCUGGUGAUAAUUUAAACGAACCUGAUUAUAAGGAGAAUAAUAUGAAUAAUAACAACAACAAUAAUAAUAAUAAUAAUAAUAACAAUAAUAAUAACAAUAAUAGCAACAACAAUAAUAAUAAUAACAAUAAUAGCAACAAUAAUAAUAAUAAUAACAAUAAUAAUAACAAUAAUAGCAACAAUAAUAAUAACAAUAAUAGCAACAACAAUAAUAACAAUCAUAACAACCAUAAUAAUAAUAAUCAUAGCAACAAUAAUAAUAACAAUUAUAGCAAUAAAAAUAAUAAUGAUAGUACCAUGAUUAGUAAUAAUGAUAGUACCAUUGUUAGUAAUAAUGAUAAUUUAACCAUAUUUAGUAAUAAUGACAAUGAAGAUAAUAAUAAUAAUAAUCAUAAAGAUAAUAAUAACGAAGAGGAUAAAGAUGAUAAGAAUAAUAAUAUCAAAACUGAGGGUAAUCAUUCAAAAUUUUCCAAGCAACAUGUGAACAUGAAUAUAAGAAACAAAAAUAAUGAUAAAAAUAAUUUCAUAGGUAGUAGUAACCUUGUGAAUUCUAAUGUCGAAGAUGUAAACAGCUUUAAUAAUAUAAUUAAUCAAAGAAAUCAUUGUAAUAAGAACUACACAAAUUUUAUAAAAGAGGAUCAACAAGAAGUAGAACAAAAAGAAUUACACACAUCAAAUAUAUCCCAUAUGUUAAAUGAAGAGAAUUCAAAUGAUAUUAUGGAUAAAAAUACAUCAUAUAAUAAUAAUCCCUACAAUAAUAAUAAUGCUAAUUAUUACAAAACAGAUAAUAUAAAAUUAUAUAGAGGAUUUGAAAAAAAUAGUUCACAUCAAUUAAUAUUAAAAAACAAUUUCUCCAAUAAUAGUAAUGUGACGGAAAAUGAAGGAAUUAUUAUUCAUGAUAUGAAUAAAAUCAAUAAUCCUAAUAAUGCUGAUAUACUAGUGGGUAAUGAAAACUUAAUGAAUAUUAAAAAUUUGAAUAAUUAUAUGAAUCCAAAUGUUCAUAAUACUGAAAGAAAUAAUGAUCUAAACAACAAUACCAAUAUGAUAAUGAAUAAAAAAAAUAUGAACAGUUGUAAUAAUGAUAUGUUACAUAAACAAAUUAAUAAUUUUAAUAUUAUUAAUAUAAAUAAAGUACAUAAUAAUAUAUCCAAUUCUUUAUUUAGCAAUAAUAUGAGUAAUUAUAAUGCAUUAAGUGAAAAUAUGAACAUAAAUAAUAAUACAAAUAAUACACCAAAUAAUAAUUUUAUGAAUAAAAAAAAUAGCAAAACAAAUUUAAAUGUAUUUAAUCAAAGCUUAAUAAAUAACUUAAAUUUAAACCUAAAUAAUUUCUAUCUUAAUAAUGAAAAUUCAUUUAACAAAAUUAAUAUGAAUUAUAGUAAUAUUAAUAGUACCAGUUACUAUUUUAAUACCAAUGAAAAUAAUAUGAAUAAUACUCAGCAUUAUUACAGUUCAUUUAUACCUGAACAUUUUGCUGCAGAUAAAAUAGUUACUAAACAAAAUUCGGACAAGAAUAAUAAUAUUAAUAAUAAUACUACAAUGUUUAAAGAAAAAAAGGAAGAACUCAAUCUAAACUUUAAGGAAAAAAAUCUACCAACAGAAAAAUAUCCAGGAGCCGUAUUGGAAACAGUUGAUAAUAAUUUUGGAUAUCAAAAUUAUGACUACAAAACAAAGGACCAUAAAUAUUUUUAUGAUAAUUAG